UCCACGGCCUCCGGUCUGCAUUGCAGGGUUCGCCGCUCCAAAGUGAACUUUCAGCCACCGCGCAGAGACGAGACGAGACAGACAAACACCGGAGUCAUGCUGCUCCUAACUCUACUUUUUGUGUCCUCAGUUGUAGCGACCCCUCUGCUGGGCACUGAGCAGUGUACCCGUGGCCCCACCUACUGGUGUCAGAAUGUAAAGACGGCUUCUCUGUGCGGCGCUGUGACUCACUGCCAGCAGAAUGUCUGGAACAAGCCCCAGAUGAAAACGGUGCCAUGUGACUUGUGUAAAGAGGUGUUGGUUGUCGUGGAUCAGAUACUGAAGGACAAUGCUACUGAGGCUGAGGUUCUUGGGUACCUGGAGAAGGCCUGCCAGCUCAUCCCUGAUAAAGGGUUGACUGCAGAGUGCAAGGAGAUGGUGGAUGACUACUACCCCAUCCUCAUAGGAAUCAUUGAAGGAGAACUGGAUGAUCCCAGUGUGGUGUGUGCAGCCAUCAGGCUGUGUCAGUCACAGCAGGCAGCCCUGGCUAAGGCUCAUGCCCAGCAGCAGCUCGUCUCCAAUGAAAUCCCGUUGGUGGACCUCUCACAGAAAGUGUCCCCCUUCCUCCUCAAUGUGCCCGGGCUCCUCUAUCCUCAGGAGAGCAUAAAGCAAAAGUCUCCCAAACAAGAGGGUCCAAAGCAGGAAAAUGAUUUAGUGUGCCAGGACUGUGUCAAGUUCCUGACUGAUGCUCAAGCUGAAGCCAAGGCCAACACCUCAUUUGUCAACUCUCUCAUUGAGAAUUUUGAGAACCAGUGUGACUCUCUUGGACCAAGCUUGGCGGACAUGUGCAAGCAGUAUGUCUCCCAGUAUGGUAGCCUGGUUAUUACCGUGCUCAUGUCCAUGGAUCCCAAGGACCUCUGUGCCCAUGCUGGCUUCUGUGCUGCUACAAAGAAGUCCAUUCCCAUGCUGAAGCUGCUGCCCGCCAAGGUUGUGCCGGCACUCAAGCUUUUCCCAGCCACUGAGGUUGGGUCUGCUAAGCCCAUGGUGCAAGUCCGCGAGUCCCCAAAGUGUGCCAUCUGUGAGUUUGUGAUGCAACAGUUGGAGUCCAUCUUGGAUGAUCAGAAAACAGAGGAGGAGGUGCUUCAUGCUGUGGAGAAGGUGUGCACAUACCUGCCCUCCUCUCUGAGUGCCCAGUGUAAGGACCUGAUCGAGACCUACGGCCAGGCCAUCAUUGAGCUUCUGGUGCAGCAGGCGGACCCCAAGACCAUCUGCACCGUGUUGGCACUCUGCAACGAUGGCAGCCGUGCUUUUGUCCCUGCACUCGACAUGACUCUCUAUAAGACCGGUGGCUAUUGCGAUGUAUGCAAGAUGGCCGUUAAUUACAUUGACGGCAUUCUGGAGAAGAAUGCAACGGAGGAACAGAUUGAAGAGGCUGUGAGGAAAGUCUGCAGCUUCCUGCCCGACUCCUUCCAGACCGAGUGUGACCAGAUGGUUCAACAGUGUGAACCGAUGCUCAUCCAGCUGCUCCUCCAGAUGCUCCACCCCGACUGUGUGUGCAUGAAAGUGGGAGCCUGUCCUGAAGCCGAGCGCAAGCUGCUGGGAACAGAGCCGUGCAGCUGGGGCCCUGCGUUCUGGUGCAAGAACAUGGAGACAGCGUCUCGCUGCAAUGCGGUGGCUCACUGCAAACGCCAUGUGUGGGCGUAGAGGAAGCGCAACCUGACCUGGAAGGGAAUUGAAAGAAGAAUUACUCUCGUGCUGCGUCCCCCUUUAUUGUUUUUAAUGACUGCAGUUUGUUUAAUAAACUUUUGAUAUUUUUAAUGUCAUGGCGGAAAGGGACUCGACUUGUUUUUUGGGGGUGUGUGGCAAGGGAGGAGAGAUGUGAUCUGCAGCUCUGCUUGUUGCUGCUUCACUUGGAAAAAGCGCCACCGUCGGGUUGCAUCAUUUAGGUUGUACUUAACAAUGUUGCUUGCUGGGUGUGUUCUGUAAGAACAUGGAUUGUAAAAAAUCAUUUAAAGUCUACAGCAGCGCUGCUGUCCUGAUUCGUGUCCCCCCCCCCCCCCCCCUGUAUUUGAAUCUUUCUCCCUAGGGCAAGUGAACGCAAAUGGAAGAAACUGCUGUGUUCAGGAUGACGGCAGUAUGUCUGAGCCCAAAACAAAUUUGUAUUUUGUAGAGGGGAAAAUGUGUCUAUUACCGAGUGUACCUCCCAUUGUUUGCACAGUUUGUAAAUCACUGUUUCUAACAGAGCAUCUCUAAUGCUCAAACGUAAGCCAACUGUCAGUCUGUAAAUGUUUAACAAUUAAAGUGAUCCCAAUCCG